GCAUGAACCUUGAAGCAUAGAGAAACUUAACACUGGCUAAGGCUUUAUCCUCAUUGAAAAAAAGAAUAAUGACCAUAACGUGUUCAAAGCACAAGAAAUCAAAACCGAAAGUCCUAGCUGCUGCAGGUGCAUGGAAAGCCGCCAGGGGCCUCUAAUCUAAUUUAUUCAUUCUGCCCACAAACACCCACAUACCAAAUAUUAUAAACAUCCGUACACAACUUCUUGAGUUGUGCUGUUCGCGGACGAAAUAAAAUCCGAAAACGACCUUCUUGGCGAAGGGAUAAAGGUAAGUCCCUUUUCUUAAAUUAAACUUAACCUGUAAAAUAAAAUAAAACGCUAAAAUCUAUCUGGAGAUGCAGGGUAUCGAUCCCCGUACCUCUCGCAUGCUAAGCGAGCGCUCUACCAUCUGAGCUACAUCCCCGGUCACGCAUCAUUCCCGAAUAAACAAGUUGUUAGCAGUCUUUGAAAUAGCUGAAGAGAUGAAGAAAUACCAUAUCGUUUGGACAUAAGUUAUACAAUAUUAUAUUUUCUCAUGAUAUAACAAUUCAUCCCAGAUGUCUUAAACCAUUCUGAUGCUUGAAACACUUCCCUCGGUCUUGAUGUCUCCUGCCACAUGUAAGACAAUAAUCUUGAUGUCUAUGUAAUGAGAUCACACGCGCAGCAACGUGAAAUGGGAAACUAAUACUACCCCGGCCCCAGCCAGGAAGGUGCCCUUUGACUACCAGUUAGUGAAAUACAUAUUAAAGAUGAAACUAGAAUACGAAACCAAAGAUCUCAUGCGUCCGCAAAUAGUUUUUGCGAAUUUCUUAAUUCCAUCUCUUGCCAUAGUAUUUAAUAUCAUGCACAAGCUUCAAGUCCCAUGUGCAUUUGCCGUACCAACUAUCCCAAAUUAAUUAUAGGGCCAUUAACACAGUUUUAGCAGAACGUAAGACUAUAGAAUGUAAGGCUUUGAUAUCGGCAAGACAUAGCUGAUGUGGUGCUGUAGUUCUUGAAAAAUUUGAUAUUGGGAUUCUUUUGUUCCUCCAUAACUACCAUCAUGCCAAAAAUUCAUGAAAAUCUAUCAAAAAAAUCUUGAGUCUCAUCUGGUGCAUAUACAAAACAAAAGGAACCAAAACAAUACCGCCCGUUUGAAAUACCAGUACCCCGGUGGCACCAGUCCUUCAUUUCCUCAAAGACUAAAUUAGAAAAACGAGAAAAAAGAAACGCCAACCGGGGUCAGCUGGUAUCUGAAGGAAACCCGAUUGCACGUCUUUCAAAACAAAAGACGUUCAAAAGCGAAGGUGUCCGUGAAAUUAAUGAAAACACCAUUUAUAAGAACCCAACAGUGCGUGGUUUGUCUCAGAAAGACCGAAACCUACACAAUGUGCAUCGUUAGCUACAUGUAUGUUAUAGCAAUGUUACUGGUUCUCCAUCUAACAAGUCGCUGUGUUGGGAUAGACUCUGUUUCUGGGUCGGACAUGAACGUUACAGACCAGGUCGAUGAUAAGCUCACUAAUUCAACACUGUGGAUCCGGAAUGGUUCGUCUGAAAACUGUACUUCUGCGACCAACAACGUUAACAACAGCUCCAGCUUAGGAGAGAAUAGCACUUCAAUCAUCAACGUGCACGCAUGUCUACAGGAGGAGCCACUCUUCCCUCUUCAACAGUACGUCUCAACCGUGUCUUUAUUCAUAGUAGGCAUCACUAUAUUUCUUGGUGUCUGGUCAGUCGUGGCAAACAGCCUCCCACUAGCAGCUAUCAUCAAGCACGAACAGCUUCACACUCCAGUCUACAUCCUAGUGGCUAAUCUGGCGGCUAGCGAUGUCUUGGCCGGCAUAAGCUUCAUCUUAGGCGGUAGCUCACAGGUGCACGUCGUAACAACGGAGACUGUUCCCUCUAACUUCAUCUUACGUCUCCGCUUCUCGUCAAUCUUACUGUCCGGGACAUCCUCCGCAUACAGCCUCAUGGCGCUAACAGCUGAGCGCUACUGGUUCAUCGUCCACGGGAUGAGCUACGUCAGUAACGUCACCGACGGCAAGUGCAAGGUCACGAUCGUAGUGCUGUGGGUGUGGUCACUGCUGCUGGCGAUGCUGCCCAACUUCGACCAGCGAUGCACUGACCGUUUUGACGACACGUGUAUCCCGAUAGGAGCGGGACUGUCCAAACAAUACGUCAUCGUUGCCGUCGUGUUUGUUUUCAUCCCGAUGGCGACGAUCUUCCUCUUCAACCUGGGCAUCUUCUGGUGUCUGUGGAAGCACGUGAACGCCAUCGCCGCGCAAGAAGCCGCUGUGGGCGCCCAGCCGAGCGUCAGCAGAAAAUCCGCCAUCACCAUCGUCAUCAUCACAGUCGUGUUCCUGGUGGGAUGGAUGCCAUUCUUCGUCAAACUGGCUCAGCUUUCAACGGACAUGGUUUCCGUGCAAUACACGAUGGUCCUCAUUAUCGUCAACUCAGCAAUCAACCCCGUGAUCUACGGGUUUCGUCUGAAGGAGGUUAGGCGUGGUGUUGCAAGACUCUUCGUCAAUUAUUAGUAGCAGAGAGGACUUCUAUAUCUAUUACGUUUAUCUAGUCAAGACAAAGUACUGGUAUGUAGGAAAUGCGUGAUAGUACAACUUGCGAUGUCUCUCUAUCUUUUAUACUAAUUAUAUCAGGCAAGAGGCAGAAUAUUACCAAAGGGUUUAUGUUGAGAUUUUUUUGUACCAUUUUGCUUUUACUGGUGUUCAAUCUUCUGUUGUUAAAGAAUUUGUGCCCCAUAGACACCAAUUUGUGUCAUUAACUGUGUGAAAAAAGUUGAUCUUCUUUUACUUGAGAGUUAAUGAGAUAACACGCAUUUCUUUUAUCAAUUCUCCAUAAGGAUAUUUCAAUCUCGUAGCGGAUCAAGGGCAUUGAGGGAUAGCAAAAGAAGACAGAGUUUAGGACAUAAAUAGGUACCAUGUCGCACACUGAAUAAAUAUCAAAAUCGUCAUUUUGGGCACUGUGGCUGUGGUGGUAACUGCGUUGGAAUACUGUUACUGUCUAAAAAUUUAA